CGUGAACCGACAACCUCGGGAAUGCCACUUGUGUUUCUAACCAACUGAGCUAGGCGUUGGAUCGUGCCCGAGAUGGGACGGAUAUACAUUUACGGAGAAAAAAAGGGAGAGAAGAAGAGAAAAGCAAGACAAGUUUUGUCAUUUCGUUUGGCACAGACUGCUCUCCUCCGAUUCGCCGAUCUUCAAACGGGCCAUUUCCGCCAAUUCCGUUUGUCAUCCUUGCUGGGGUAUGCUAUUCUUCUCGGUAUCGUUCCGAUUCUAAUGGAUGUCCCGAAAUGCCGCUAGCAACCGGCAUGUUGGAUCAAGACGGCGCUUAUCCGGGUUAUCCCCACUCGGGGUGAAAACCCGAAGUGGCUGAAGCGGAGGCGGUGAGAGCGGAGAUCGUCGUCGUUAUCGGGUGAACAUGGCGCCAGUCUCCCCCAUAGAGACACCGGGAGCGAGGGACCCAGUCGACCCGGACCGCGAAGAGAUGUCGCUCUCUGGACUUGCAAUGAAAGCUCACGAGCUCUUCAAAGCAUACAGAUAUGAUGAAUGUCUAGCUGUGCUUGAAGAUCUACGGAAGAAGAGAGAAGGCGAUCCGAAGGUCAUCCACAACAGUGCAAUUACCGAGUAUUACCGUGAUGGGGAGGUUGAUCCGAAAAAACUUCUUGGCGUUUUGUCGACGGUUCAGGAUGGCACUCAAUUACAGCUCACCGCGACGCAACACUUGCAGCAGCGGGUCUGUACCACUGCCACUACCUCGAGUUCGGAGCCGCGCGAGUCAACUCCAAAGUUUGAUGGGCAGGAGAUCUUCUGCGACUCCAUGAAGACAGAUCCGAUUCCAUGGUUCCGAAAGUUCGAGCUCACGCUGCAGCUGUUCAACGUCAAGCAACACAAGCAUCACGCCUACUUGUACUCUCGAUCAGGGGGCGCGUGCCAGGCUUGGUUGGACAACCUCCUGUCUAAGUACGGAGUGGUAGCGGCCGACUUGCACACCAAGAUCAUUUGGGAUGAUCUGAAGGCGGCGUGGCACAAGCGGUUCCAGGUGGAGCCGCCAGAGAUCAACGCCAUGGAAAAGCUCAUGGUCUUCGAGCAAGGCACGCUGCCAAGUACGGACUGGAUCGCCGAGUACCAACGCUUGACGUCAGUCCCAGACAUCCAAAUGGGCUUCAAGGCCAUCCGCCACUACUUCAUCUCAAGGUCAUGUCCGACAUUGAGCAAUGCCCUGACGCAUGUCGAGGACACCUUGACGACGACGGUAGAGUUAUUUGACAAGGCUGCGCAGAUCAUUGUCACAAACAAGGAGGCCAAGAACCUCCGUUCAUCUGCGUCAGGCCCGAGCAGGGACCAGCAUCAGCCAAGAGUGGCCGUGGUCGCAGCGGCAGCGCCGUUAGACCAAACCAGCGAGGCUGCGUCUGCCAGUGAAGGAGACAAAUUCGCAGCCGCCCGGGAAGGUGGCCACGCCGGCAGAGGUCGAGGGCGAGGCAAGCCGAAGACACACACCGUUUCUAGCCCCGGGCCCGGUGAAGCAUCUCAGACAGGCCCAUGGACCCCGUAUGACAUCUCCGAGUCCGCAUACAAGGUGCACGAGAGAUUCCCUAUUGCCUUUUGUGCAACAACGAUCUUCAUCAGACGCAGUGCGGAUCACACGGUCAACUUCCAUCGGCGGACUCUUAGCGUUCGCGACGCCUUCGGCGCGGAAGUGGCGUGUAACAUUCCUCUACCGCACUCUUCGAUCCGGUGCCAAGUGGUGACAGCCAAAUCAUUCCGGGUGACUUGUGCUUACGAGCAGCUUGAGGAGAUCGGCCUAUGUUUCCUACGGACCGUCGCGCUAGCCGACUCUUCACCCACGGACUUGUCUUCGGACCCSCGUGUGGUACCGUUGCUGGACGAGUUCGCCGACAUCUUCGAGUCACCUACCGGUGUGGUGUCGGGUCGACCGAUCUCUCACGAGAUCAUUCUUGAGGUCGGUGCCGUGCCGCCGAAAGGUUGCAUCUAUCGGAUGAGCGAGGAGGAGCUUAAGGUACUCCGUGCACAACUCGACGAUUUGUUGGGCAAGGGCUGGAUCCGCCCGAGUAGCUCCCCAUACGGAGCACUAGUUCUCUUCGUCAGGAAGAAGAACAAGGAUCUACGAUUGUGUAUCGACUACCGCAAGCUCAACGCGCAAACCGUCAAGAAUGCGGGGCCUCUUCCUCGCAUCGACGAUCUUCUUGAGCGACUGGGCGGCGCGCAGUAUUUUUCCAAGUUGGAUUUGAAAUCGGGAUAUCAUCAAAUCUCGAUCCAGCCGAAYGAUCGCUACAAGACCGCGUUCAAGACGCGGUACGGGUAUUUUGAGUGGGUGGUCAUGCCUUUUGGCCUCACCAACGCCCCGGCGACGUUCCAGGCGGCGAUGACAAAUGAGUUCCGUGCAAUGUUGGACCGGUUCGUGCUGGUCUACUUGGACGAUAUUCUCGUCUAUAACCGGAUAUUGGAGGAUCAUCUUGGACAUCUUCGACGAGUGUUGGAGACGCUCCGCCGUGCCAAGUACAAGGCCAACCACGACAAGUGCGAAUUUGUCCGGCAAGAGCUGGAAUACUUGGGCCAUUUUGUUACACCGGAGGGCAUCAGUCCGCUAUCGGACAAGAUUCAGGCCGUCCAAGAGUGGCCGGAGCCUUGGAACGUCACGGAUGUCCGCUCGUUCCUCGAUCUUACUGGCUACUAUCAGCGCUUCAUCAAAGGAUACUCUAAGAUCGCGGCCCACUUGAACAAGCUUCAGUGCGAGGAUCGACCGUUUGACUUCGGAGAGGAGGCGCGAGGAUCAUUCUUCGCUUUCAAAGCCGCGCUAUUGUCUGCGGAGGUCUUGCGGAUAUACGACCCGCUCGCGCCUACACGUGUCACUACGGAUGCGUCAGGCUAUGGCAUUGGUGCAGUCCUCGAGCAACAUGAUGGUGUGGACUGGCACCCGGUCGAAUACUUCAGCAAGAAAGUGCCUCUUAUGCAUUCCAUUGACAAUGCACGCAAGAAGGAGCUCCUCGCCUUCGUCCACGCGCUCAAGCGGUGGCGGCACUUCCUUCUUGGUCGAAGCCAAUUUCGAUGGGUAACGGACAACAAUUCGUUGGUCUUCUACAAGACCCAAGACACCGUCAACAACACCAUCGCUCGAUGGAUGGCUUUCAUCGACCAGUUCGACUUCUUUCCCGAUCACAUUCCCGGGAAGUUGAACCGUUUUGCGGAUGCUCUCUCACGGCGUCCGGAUCAUUGUACCGCAGUCUACUCGACCUUCGAGAUUGACGACGACCUGCGGAACAGCUUCAUCCGCGGUUACCAUGCCGACCCCGAUUUUCGAGACAAGUAUGCGAAUUGCUCCUCUCCUAAUCCGGCUCCUUCUCGCUACCGGAUCCAAGAGGGGUACUUGCUUGUCCACACGCGGGGGAAGGACCUUCUUUGCGUACCAAGUGACCCUCACUUGCGUACACGGCUUCUUGGCGAGUUCCACGACGCUCCCGCCAUUGGACAUUUUGGAGUCGAUCGCACGAUUGGCCGACUUUGCCAGCGAUUUUGGUGGCCCGGCCUUCUCGGCGACGUCACGCGGUAUUGCGAGUCAUGCGAGGUUUGCCGACGCUGCAAAUCUCGCAACCAUCGUCCGUACGGCGAGUUACGACCAUUGCCAGUCCCGUUGCGGCGAAGGGAAGCGAUUGCAACGGACAUCACCGGCCCGUUUCCCAAGCACAAGACCGGAGUGGAUGGGAUUCUCACGGUGGUCGACCGACUCACCAAGUUCGCCAUGUUUUUGCGUUGUCGCUAUCAUGCCAAGGCACCGGAGUUGGCCGAGGUUCUGUACGCCGGUUGGAUUCGCACCAAGGGUUACCCCAAGGAGAUCGUUUGUGACCGYGACACUCGGUUCAUGUCCGAUUUUUGGUUGGCGCUCAUCAAGCGAUGGGGCUCAUCUCUCAAGCCCAGUUCAGCUCGCCACCCUCAGACCGAUGGCCAGACGGAGAGGGCGCAUCAGACCGCACAGGUUCUCCUUCGCACUCUCAUCCGCCCUGACCAGAAAGACUGGGUUGAGCGACUGCCGGACGUUGAGUUGGCCUUCAACUCUUCCAUCCACCCGGCUAUUGGGAUAUCGCCCUUCGAGUUCGAGCACGGCUCGCCGGUCACGUCACCGUUGGACACGAUUACUCCACGCAACGGCGAGAGCGACGACCAUCUUCUUUUCUUGCCAUCGAGAGAAGCGGCAACCCUUGCAGCUAGGGAACAGGCUGCAGCAGCAACCAGGGCAGCAGCCAUGACUUCUUCAGGAGCAUCCUCCGUUGCAACUGCUGCUGCGUUCUCGUCUGGACCCCAGUUUGGAAUGCCAACAGGGUCCACGGGCACUUCCAGUUCAACAGGUUCUAGACAGUCUACAAGUCAAAUGGCGGGCUCGCAGUUCAGCCCGUUGACUCCUCGCGAAAGGGAGAUGAGGGAGCUCCAACAGGUCGAAAGGAUCCGUGCACAAUUAGAGAAGGAACUGAAAGAAGCUACCGAUAGAGAAAAAAAGAUAAAGAAUAGAACAGCCAGGCUUGAAACGUUAGCGGCUGACAAGGCUGAGUUAGAGGGCAAGGACGACUCUGGAAUGAAUGAGCCCAUGAAAGUGUUGAGGAACAACAUGCUGUCACUGCACGCGCAUGUGGACAGCAGGUUGGACUUCCUGCAGAGGAGUUUGGACCAGAUCCUGGACAUUUUGACAAGACCAGGAUUUAGGCCACCAGCCCAAUCGCCGCUGCCGUUAACGGCGAUGUCAGGCCCUUUUUCGGUUCAAGCUGGCACACAGCCAAGUGGAUUGAGUGUUUCCAUGGAUUUCAUGGACACUCUUGUGACCAGCAAGAGUGUGGGAGAUGAAAUGGAUGGUCCUACGUACGUCAUUCGUGUCCCUGGUCAUCUACGAACUCACCCAGUCUUUCAUGCCUCAAAGCUUGCACCUUUCGCUGAGACUGAUCAAUUCCCUUCGAGGAGAUCGAUGCUGCCCCCAACCAUGGAUGGACAAGUCGACCUCAAUGACAUUGUGGAUCACAGGGACAUGCCUGUUGCGAACCCGCUGGGUCGAGGAAGACCUCCUAAACCCAACAAAGAAUAUCGUGUCAGAUUCAGGCAUCACACGGAUCCCAAAGAAGAUCGGUGGUUUACCAGGGAGGAAUUGAUUGAGACAGCUCCUCAAGUGGUGGCAGAGUAUGAAAGGAAUCUGAAAGGGAAGGCACCUGCGAAUUUGAUGAUUAAUCUUAAUGGCGCCGCUCGACAGCGAGAGGAGAAUGUUGAGGAGGAAGAACUUGAGGAGGAGGGAGACAAACUUUGGGUGGUGGACGAGACGGACAAAGGAGAAGCGUGUGACGUCGCCGAGAAGGCCGGGCCACCAGAACCGCUCACGAAGUCGGCCAAUCGUGCGAUUGACUCCAAAGUGUCCAGUGGCGGGAGCAUCGUGGAACUCGCCAAGAAGCCGCGUAUGCAAGUGAGGAUCACUCGGUACGCAAAGAAGGUCAUUCCCCCGUGUGUGGACAACCAAGUACCCGUGUUGGAUCCGGUAGUGAGAAGGCGCCGGAUAAGGAGAGGAGCAAUUCGCGUACUUGUCGCGAAACUCGGGGUCGGCUUGGUUCCGCGGAUGAAGAGCAUCCGCAAAAUGGUCAGACUUCUCGGGAAUGUGAUCUGUAAAGAAGUCGAACUGGUCGAUGAAAGCCGUUUAUCGAGCGAUGGUGUUGUUGACGGUGUUUUGGGUCUUAUAGAAGACCAACGGAUUGUUGUCCUUUGCCCAUCGGAAUUGGCUUCGACCAAGGAGGAAGUGUCGCCACCGUUUGAGUGCGUGGACGAAGCCGAGGAACUCCUUGCGUGCAUCGUCAAUGGAAUGCACGACGGGUACUUUCUUGCUGAAAUACUCGACCGGGUGCCAGUCCACACCAUCAUGUUGCUCGAGGACGGCACCGAUGCCAUAGUCGGACGCAUCCUUGGCCUUGUACUUGGCGAGGCGGAGCGUCUCCAACACUCGUUGAAGAUGCCGAAGGCCAAAAUCGAGGAGCUUGCGCGCACAGCCGAUGAGCAGUUAGAACUCAGUGGCACUUCUUCUGGUGGCAUGGCCGGAGGAUUACUUUUGGCUUCCGGCACGGGAGCUUUGGGUAGUACAGCAGUGGUUGCAGGUGCAAAUGGAAUCGGUGGAGGUGGAUCGCAAGUCCCUGGGUCUGGUGGAGCUGCCAACUCUAGUUCAGGAGCCUCUGGUGUAGCAGGACCAACAGGCACCAGUGGCACUUACAUCGAAGAAUAUGAUACUUCUACCCUCACUGCAAACAAGGCAGUCAUGCUGUUUUAUCUGCAACAGUAUGGUCAAGUGGCAAAAAUACUAGAGCCAUUGUCACAUAACUUGGAGCCUUUAGAUGAGGUGAGUAUGGAAAUGGGGGUAUUGCCAGGGGAGGACACACCACCGGACGACCGGAUCUUGCGAUCAGCUAGACGCCCGGUAGCAAAUGUGUCCUUAGGACCGGAGGGUGAUAGGAUUCUGUUCCGCCAGCUUAGGGAGAGGCAGCAGCUGCAGAGGAGAGCUAGAGCAGCUGAGGCCAGCAGGGCUUUCGCUAGCGAGGCCGCUGCUACAACAGCCAUGGCCACUUCCGGUAUGGUCACUUCUGCGCAGCAAACUUCCCAGGCCAGCAGUUCAGGUAUCGUCGGGUCAAUGGUCGCGCAGUCCUCGAGUCAGUCCACUGGCGUUAUGGCAAGCCAGGCAGCAGUGUUGACCUCAGAGGAUGUCGCCAUCCAGCAGGCAGCCCUGGAGGAGGCAAAGUUACAGCAGGCAUUAGGACAGAUAAAAGCGGAGAAGGAGAAGAUGAUUAGAAGAAGAGCCAGGAUGCAGCGGAGAGGGGCAGACAUAGAGGAGUUAGAAACGAUGGACCUGACGAACAUGAAUGAUGAUGUGAGGGUAGUUAGGAGGGCCCUGCUAGGAGUAAUAGAGAUGCAUGAGCAUCUGACUACCAUCCUUCACGAUAUCCAACAGAGCCUAGCCAUUUUGGCAGGGCGCGCUCAGGCGGCACCAUCACCAUCCGGGCCUGGUGCCUGGCCCGUGCCAUAUCCUCCUUUUUCUAUUCCAUCGGUGACAGGGGUAUCCCCAUAUGUAGCCACGUCAUCGGUUGCGAUCGUUUCCUUGGGCAUGCCGCUGUCAGGAGGGGUAUCAGCAGGGACUAGUUUGCAGGCUCCUGUUCAGACAGUGUUCACCCAAACUCCAUCGCAGGUUGCAGUCACCACGCAGCCUGCUGUCUCACAGCCUGUGCAGCCGCAGGGCACACAGCCCCAACAGCUGGCACAACAACCUGUGUCACAAGGCGAGCCGGUGAAAAUGCCGCCGGAGAUAGAGGGAGUAGUUGCCAAGUACUCUGAUCUAUUUGAAGAGCCGACAUGGGUUGUAGAGAGGGAGGUCGUCCACGCGAUAGAGAUUAUCCCAGGGUCUAGCAUCCCGAAGGGUAGGAUCUAUCGGAUGUCUCUAGGCGAGCUCGAUGAGCUUCGCCACCAACUCAAGGAACCCGUAGAGAAGGGUUGGAUCCGGCCGAGUGUCUCUCCUUAUGGAUCUCGAGUACUAUUCGUACCUAAGAAGAAGGAGGGUUCACUUAGGAUGUGCAUUGAUUAUAGGGGCCUCAAUGCCAUCACUGUAAAGAGCAGAGAGCCCCUACCGCGCAUCGACGAUCUGCUAGAUAGAGUGCAAGGGUGCCGGUACUUCUGCAAGAUAGAUCCGAAGUCCGGGUACCAUCAGAUUGCAAUCCGGCCCGAGGAUCAACACAAAACCGCCUUUCAGACCAGGUACGGUCUGUACGAGUUUGUGGUGAUGCCUUUCGGCCUUUGCAAUGCUCCUGGCACCUUUCAGCACGCUAUGAAUCAGAUAUUCCAUGACUACUUAGAUAAGUUUGUCAUUGUGUACCUUGAUGACGUACUUAUUUUUAGUAAGACUGUCGAGGAGCAUGUUGCACAUUUGGACAAAGUCCUCAGUCUCCUGCGACAGCACAAGCUCAAGAUCAACGGUGAGAAGUACGAGUUUGGCCGCACCCGUGUCUUGUACUUGGGUCAUGAGAUCUCCACGGAAGGGUUGAAGCCCGAUGACGCGAAGGUGGCCAGCAUUCGUGAUUGGCCACGUCCUCAGUCUGUGACUGAGAUGAGAUCUUCCUUAGGAAUGACAGGCUACUAUUGGACCUUCGUUAAGAACUAUAGCAUACUGGCCGCUCCUUUGACUGAUCUGACGCGCUUUGACACCCCAUGGGAGUGGACAGACGAGUGCGAGGCUGCUUUCAGACAUCUGAAGCAUGCGUUGACGCACUACGAGGUCUUGAAACUUCCUGAUCCUGAUAAGCCAUUUAUAGUCACCACGGAUGCCAGCCAAUAUGGCAUUGGCGCCGUGCUCGCGCAGCAGGAGGGGCCAAAGUUGAGGCCUGUAGAGUACAUGUCCAAGAAAAUGUUGUCUCAGAAGUUGGCUAAGUCCACCUAUGAGAAGGAACUCUAUGCGGUUUACAAGGCUCUGACCCAUUGGAGGCACUAUCUCCUUGGGAGACACGGCGUUCUGGAAGACAUCGUCAGCGACCGCGACACUCAUUUCAUGUCAGCCUUUUGGACGACACUCAUGGUGGAAUCCGACACCAGCAUGAAACGGAGUUCUGCACGGCAUCCUCAAACGGAUGGGCAAACGGAACAUGUGCACCAGACUGCACAGAUGAUGCUCCGCACACUCAGCCGCCCGGAUCAAAAGGACUGGGUUGACCGACUUCCCGACAUCGAGUUCGCCUACAACACUUCGGUGCACCGGGCGAUCGGCGUGAUUCCAUUUGAUUUACAUCACGGUGGACGAAAAGGCCGCAUCUUCGCAGACAUUUUGCUAACACGAGCUGCCGAUAUCAACUCCGCUUGCUCCCCCGCUUCUACACGGAAGUACAGGGAUCUGCUGGCCAAAGCCCGCAGAAAUAUGCAAAAGGCUCAGGUCCGUAUGCAGCAGCAAGCAAAUCGGCGUUGCAUCCCAUGUCCAAUCCGCACUGGCGACCUUGUUUGAGUCACCUCUGAGGAAUUCGUGCUCGAGCAGCACGUCUCGCGCAAGCUCCUCCCUAAGUGGUUUGGGCCAUGGAAGGUCACUUCAGCAGCUGGCGACGACCCCGCGGGUGACACAACAUCUGACAGUCCACCUUGUAUUUCACGCUUCGAAGCUGGCGGUCUACACUUCAGCCUCGCGAAUGGAUUUCCCUGGCAGACGGUCCCACGACCCUCCUUCGAUGGACAGUCACCAGGAGGUCUACUGCGUCCUCGCUCAUCGCAAGCACGACAACAAGUCGAUGCAGUACAAAGUUACAUUCAAGC